AAUUCCCAAUUUUCAUUUUGACGUGUAAGGUACCACCCUUCUUUGUCAGAAAACCCAGAAAUGUAACGGAUUGAUGAAUGAAUAAUGAUUCUUCAGAAUUUCAUAUCAACAUUUUACAUCAUCAACUUCCAUUUAUAGAAGUUCGUGAACAGAUUCUGAAAUCUCUGCUGUUUCAAUCAAUCUCUCUUUGCAAAAUUCCUUCAAUAUCCUCUCUUUCUCUUCCUCACGCUCCUUUACUUCAUGAAAAAGCAAUAAAAAUGUCCAACAGCGAUGAUGAGAAAGUUGAAGAAGUGAACGGACAUUCAUUUCAAAAAGUUAAGCAGAGGUUAAAGGAUCGAACCAAGAGAGUUUCAGAAACAAAGGAGAAAACGAAGAAGAUCAUAUCUGAACAUGCGGAACGAAUUGCAAAACAAGCUGAAGAGCACGAACGAUUUAUCAAUAAGGUGACUUAUCUGUGUGGUGUACUUGGGUUUGGAGGAUUUUGCUUUCUACUUGGGGCAAGGCCACAAGAUGUUCCAUAUGUGUACUGUUUAUUCUAUGUAAUAUUUGUUCCACUUAGAUGGAUUUACUACAAGUACAAGAAAUGGCAUUACUAUCUUCUGGACUUUUGCUACUAUGCGAAUACAAUAUUCUUGGUUGCGCUCCUUAUGUACCCGAAAAAUGAAAAGCUUUUUAUGGUUUGCUUCUCAUUUUCUGAGGGACCAUUAGCAUGGGCAAUUAUUGUGUGGAGAUGUAGCUUGGUUUUCAAUUCCAUUGACAAACUUACUAGCGUACUUAUACACCUCUUACCUGGUUUGGUUUUCUUUACUAUUCGGUGGUGGAAUCCAUCCACCUUUGCAGCCAUGCAUCCUGAAGGAACUGCUCGUAGAGUUUCAUGGCCUUAUAUAGAAGACACGUCAUACCUUGUAACGUGGCUGUUUCUAGUUCCCUUGUUUGCUUACACCCUUUGGCAGGUUCUCUAUUUUCUGAUAGUUAAUGUGCUGCGAAGACAGAGGUUGUUGAGAGAUCCAGAAGUCAUGACUUCUUAUAGGGAACUUUCAAAGAAAGCUCAGAAAGCAAACAAUUUGUGGUGGCGCUUGAGUGGCUUGCUUGGUGACCAGAAUCGUUUAUUGAUGUAUAUAGCUUUCCAGGCUCUGUUUACUGUGGCCACCGUGGCACUCACUGUCCCCAUCUUCUUGUCAUAUGAGCUGUCUGUGAUCUUCCAAAUUCUGAAGGUCUCUGCUGCUGUCUGGAAUGGAGGAAGUUUUGUUUUAGAAGUGAUGCCCAGACAGGUGAUUCUGAAGGAGAAGAAGAAAACACAAAUGCAGCCUCUUGAAGCCCAGCCUCAGCUUGAUAGUUCGUCGCCUCUUGACAGCCCAGUUUCUGCACAAUACAUACAACAAUCUUGACAGUCCUCUAACCUAUACCUUAUGCCUUGUCAAUUAUGGUUUUUUCCUUCUUGUUUUUUUUUUUUUUUGAGGGGAUUUUCCUUCUUGUUUUUGAUUACCUUAUAGUUCAUGCUUAAUCAUAUGAAUGAAAGCACUGUUUAAUUAUGGUGGUAAGUAAUGUGUUAUGAUAUCAUUUCAUCUCA